GGAAGAAAUGUCAGGAGAGAGUGUGGUGAGUACUGUGGUACCAGCAGCUACAACCAGGACCACCUCAUUUAAAUGUGCCAGCACAAGUUCAAAGUAUGUGAAGCUGAAUGUAGGUGGUGCACUCUACUACACCACUAUGCAGACACUCACCAAGCAAGACACGAUGCUGAAAGCGAUGUUCAGUGGGAGAAUGGAAGUAUUAACAGACAGUGAAGGUUGGAUUCUAAUUGAUCGGUGUGGCAAACAUUUUGGGACCAUAUUAAACUAUCUGCGUGAUGGAGCUGUUCCUCUUCCAGAGAGUCGGAGAGAGAUUGAGGAACUCUUGGCAGAAGCAAAGUACUACUUGGUGCAGGGACUGGUAGAUGAAUGUCAAGCAUCUCUCCAGAAUAAAGAUGUGUAUGAACCUUUUUGCAAAGUUCCUGUAAUCACAUCUUCAAAAGAGGAGCAGAAGCUUAUUGCCACAUCCAAUAAGCCAGCAGUCAAGUUGCUGUACAACAGAAGCAAUAACAAGUAUUCGUAUACCAGCAAUUCCGAUGACAACAUGCUGAAGAACAUUGAGCUGUUUGAUAAGUUGUCUUUACGAUUUAAUGGGAGAGUUUUAUUUAUCAAAGAUGUAAUUGGUGAUGAAAUCUGCUGCUGGUCAUUCUAUGGUCAAGGUCGAAAAAUCGCAGAGGUCUGCUGCACAUCCAUUGUAUAUGCUACAGAGAAGAAGCAAACCAAGGUGGAGUUUCCAGAGGCAAGGAUCUAUGAAGAGACUCUUAACAUUCUGCUGUAUGAAGCACAAGAUGGACGGGGACCAGAUAAUGCUCUGUUGGAGGCCACGGGAGGAGCAGCAGGCCGUUCCCAUCACCUAGAUGAUGAUGAUGAACGGGAUCGCAUUGAGAGAGUUAGGCGUAUCCACAUCAAAAGACCAGAUGACAGAGCGCAUCUCCAUCAGUAG